AUAAAUUGUGAUGGCUGUGAGCGUUGGUGUUGAUCAUCGUGUGAUUAGUCUCGAGCCCCUUUAAAAAUGCUAGUCAAUCGGUUCUGUCUCAAAUUUUAUCAAACAGUAUUUUAUUUUCUCACGUUGUCAGUAUUUCUUGAAAUGUUGUUUUAACUUUUUGCUGUAUUAAUUUUUACAAUAAUGCAAAUUAACAAUAUUUGCACUUAUUACUUAAGUAAGCAUACAUAGUAAAUGUGAAUCCUCGAAAAUACUUAUUUCCUGAUCUCAUGUAUUUAUAUUUGUGUUAACCCUUCUGCCAUAUUUAUCAACGUAAAAUCGGUUAAGACUUAUUGACCUGCCACAUUCUGUCCUGUAUGUUAUUAAUCCUCGUUUUUUAACAGACUAAAUAAAGGGUAUAUAACUUUGCAUUUUGUUUUUGUGGACUGAAUUAGCCAAUCAACUUGUACGAUUUACACAUUGGACAACAAUAUAACGUGCUACUAAUCCUAAAUACUAAAUCAGACUGUGCAUGUACGUAAAUAUCAUCACUUUAUAACCUACCCCUUCUAAAUCAACUGUCUUAUUUGUUACAAAACUUUCCAUUCUAGAGUUCAUUGUCUGUCAAUCGAAUGGUAUUCGAAUUGUAAAUCUUGGUGUGAAAACACAUUCCAUUAUUUGCUAAAUAAAUUCACCUCCCACAAAAUACAUAUUUCAUAAAAUAUCUCAUAUUCGUUUUAAUUCAAUUUACUUACUUUGCAUCUAAGAAUAAUCUGUGCAAAUUCUUACCGGUUCACACGUAAUUAGAACUAUUUUUACUGACCAAGUUAAGUAAAAGUAUGAUUGAUAACUGGAAAUUGGCUGUCGGGGCGUCUGCUGCUGUGGCAUCUGGCGUAUUGGCCGGUGCUUUGAUAGCAUCCAGCUUGUCCGACCGGAAGUCUAAAGUAUCACCCAUUAAGAAAUGGGUAUGUGUUGGAAGGGUUAGCAAAUUGAUUCUUUAUCCUGUAAAAAGCUGUCAAGGGAUUCAUGUAGACGAGGCUACAGCAACAAUGAUCGGACUCAAUGCAAGGGACAACCUGAGAGAUCGUGUUUUUAUGGUUGUGAACGAAAAAUAUGUGUUUCAAACCCAACGGACAAUUCCAAAAAUGGCAUUGAUAGAGACAAAUGUGAAUGGAAAUCAAUUGAUUCUGAGUGCUCCCAACAUGGAUGAAAUUUCAGUUGACAUUCCUUCAAACAGCAAGGCCACAACUAAAUCUUGCAGGAUUUUUGAUGACUUCGUUGCUGAAACCUUAGACUGUGGCGACGACGUCGGAAAGUGGCUAGAUGACUUUUUAGGGAAAACAGGGCUGCGAGUCGUGUACCAUUCUCUUGAAAAAACGCAGCGACCAAUGACACCACUCCAAAAAAAGUUCCCCACUUUUGUUCCUUCAGAUAAGCCAGCAUUUCAUGACCAGACCUCGUACAUGCUCAUGUCUGAGCGCAGUAUCGACGAACUCAAUACAAAACUGGAGACUACACAAGUGUCACACAAAAAUUUUCGCCCGUCGAUUUUAAUAAAAGAUGCUCUGGAACCUUAUGCAGAGGACUUUUGGUCGUAUUUAAAAAUUGGGGAGGCGGGGCCCAUUUUCAAAGCUGCUAAACCUUGCACCAGAUGCAAGCUGACCACAGUUAAUCCAGCGACGGGCGAAUUUAUUCCCUCAGGCGAACCACUAUCAAAAUUAACCACAAUAACCAAGUCAAGGACUAUGGGUGACGCAAAGGUGGACGCAUUGGUUAAAAAUCAAGCCAUCAUUGGACUCCAACUUGGGCUUUUUGAGGGGGAGGGACGACCACUCAAAGUUGGCGACCCCGUUUACGCUGCAGUCCUGUAAAAUGCAUUUCAAUAUUGUGUACAUAUUUAUCCAUUUUAUUUUAUUCUUAGUGGUGCCGGGUUUAAGUAAAUUGUUUGUACUGAAAAAUUCAAUAAAGUAGCCACUGGUUGAUUUUAAUAAGUAA